AUGUCCGACGACGAAGACGAUAGGUCAGACUCCAGUUCUGACAGCGAAGACAUCGAGACGACCGGCCUCAUCGCCACACGACAGAAGCGCGUCACCGCCGGUAACCUCUACGCAACCCUUCGCGCCAACCUUGAUGAUGAAGAGUUGCAGAAGGAACUCCUGGCGGAGGAUGAAGAGGGAGAUGCCGAGGAUUACGAAGGUUCGGACAAGGGCGACGACGACGAUGUAUUAGACUCUUCCAGCGACGAAGAAGAUGCCGGACCCCCCAAAGCAGGCGAGCAGGAAGAGCUCGAAGGCGAGAAGGCGCUCAAGCGACAAGAGCGCGUGGAAGCGAGGAAGAAGCGCAAGGCUCACGACGCAAGACUCAAAAUCCCGGCAUGGCGGAAGAAGAAAAGUGUGAAGCUUGCAGACGACGUGAAGACGGAAGACGGCAGCAGCACAGCGGCAGAACGACCGCGGAAGAUGAGCGAGCGCUCCAACUGGCUGCCUACCCCUGCCGAUGCGCCUGUUCGUCAGUCCGGCCGCUCCUUGGCUGUGCAGAAUCGCGAGAUAGUACACGCGAAUCUCAAGCAGAGCGCGGAGCGGAGCGAGCGACAGCGACGCGUCAUGAAAGAUGCGGCGGAGCGCGAGAAGACCAACAAGCGCAUGACGGAGAUGAGUCAGGAGGAGAGGCUAAGGAAGUGUGAGAGGAUUGAGCGCGAGACGGCGAGGGACUUUGGCCGCUGGGAACGGGACGAGGCGGAGAGACAGAGGUUGCGGGAGGAGGCGUUGGCGGCAAAGAGGAAGAGGGGGCUGGAAGGCUCGUUCUAUCGCAUGUGGAGUGGCAGUGUGUUAUGGGAGGGUGACAAGAUCAAGAUCAGGCGGUUGAGCCAUGGGAGUAGGAAUGUCGAUGAGAUUGUGCUGGAAGAGAAGAAGGCUGAGACGCCGAGUGAGAAGAAGGAUGCAGAGGUUACAGACUCAGCGGCUCCAGCGACUUCUCCGGCACCAUCGCCCGGGAAAGAUGCGGCAGCAGUCCAAGCUACAGGUGAUGGCCAACUGGACGCCCCCCCACAGCCUCAAGAUGGAUCGUCGCAGCCGCCGGCCAGUACCACGAGUGCUUCCACUACCACGCUCGACUACCUACCAAGCGCGCCAUUCCUCUACAUCCCUCAAUCAACCAAUCCACCGCAAAUCCCGCCUCACGACCAACCACCUACACCCUCCCAGCAACAACCAACCCAAAUCUACCACGGCUGGCCACCAGGCACCCACCAAUUCCCCCUCGAAAGCCCAGCAGUCGCAACCCCACCUCCCCCUCCCCCAGCCCCCACAAUCCCCCUCGUCCGCGAACAAGCCCAACGCACCCUCCUCAUGCUCGAAAACUUCCCCACCCUCCGCAAAACACCCAACCCAACCCCCAAGCGCAUCCCAAAAUACAAACAAACCGACACAACCCUCGACGCCGACCCAAUCAAACUCCUCCUCCUCCCGCAAGCCUUCCCUCUCACCCCCGCCCUCACACCAGAAGAAAGCAAAUACCUCCUCACACGCCCGCGCAAGCGCGCAGGCAACGAGGUCCCGCUGCCCCCUGCGCCGUCCAAGCACCGGUGCGCCCUCACGUCGUGGCCGGCGAAGUUCCGCGAUCCGAAGACUGGCUUGGCGUAUGCGGAUAUGCAUCAGUAUAAGGCUAUUCAGCGCAUUCUGGCGGGCGGGUGUCAGUGGAGUGGGUUUUUGGGGUGUUGGGUGGGGAGUAGUUAUGGGUUGCUUGGGAGGCCGGCGAAGGGGGUCCCGGAGGGGUUUGUGGGGGUUGGUGUGGGUGGUGUGGCGAAGGAGGGGGACGGGGUGAAGGAGGGAGUGAAGGCGGAGGCGGAGGUGGAUGGUUGA